AAAAGACAAAAACGGUGGUCAUAUUGAUUAUCUCUCCAUAUAUCUAAAAAUUCUAAAACCUCGCGUGUUUCCAUCAGCACCAUUUUGUACCUUCUCUGUGCUUUCAUUGAAAUCAAAGGCAGAGUUAAACCUCACUCUAAAAAUUCAUAAAAUUCCUGUACUUGAUUUUGUCUUUUCCUACGUAAAAAUGGUUGAACUCAAUACCAUCAAGAAGAAAAUGUGGAUGUUUUCACAUUAAUCUACUUCCCCUUUAACCCCUUUCAAACGUUCUUCUUCCCUUUGCUUAAUGGAAAUUAUGACCAACAACAUUAUCAACAAACAAAACAACAUCCAUUCUCAAAAGCUUUCAUUUUGGUUCGCCCCGACAACUCGUCCACCCGGUUUUCUUCUUCUCUUUCUCAAGUAGUAGUAGUACCAUCAUUGAUCACACUACGAAGUUUCAGAACUAUGGAUUACUCUUUUUAUGACAAAAUUUAUUCAUCAGAGUAUGAUGAUUUGGGCUUGUUCAAUCCAACUUUGAAUAACUUUGGAGCUUCCAAUGGUGAUUCUACUGGUAGGUUGUCAUCACCACGUUCAUUGGUUUUGGAGAGUGAGAAGGAAAAGGUGGUGGAGGGUCCUGUUACUGAAAAUGUUGGUAAAGAUGAGGUUUCUGAGGACAAAGGUUUAGCUUCUUUGAAGAAUCAUAGGGAAGCAGAGAGGAGAAGAAGGGAGAGAAUAAAUGGUCACCUUGGAACAUUACGUGGUCUUGUGGCUUCCACUCAUCAAAAGAUGGAUAAAGCCACAAUACUUGCUGAAGUGAUUAGUCAAGUGAAGGAAUUGAAGAAGAAUGCAAUGGAAGCAAGCAAAGGUUUUCUCAUUCCAACAGAAGUUGAUGAAGUGAAAGUUGAACCAUAUGAUAUUAAAUUAGGAUAUGGAUGCAUGUCUUACAUAGCAACUAUCUGUUGUGAUUACCAACCUGAGAUACUAUGUGACCUCAAAAAAGCAAUCGAUGCACUUCAACUUCAACUAGUGAAGGCAGAAAUGUCAACAUUGGAAAGCAGGAUGAAGAAUAUGUUUGUGUUUACAUGUUGCAAAGGGAAUAGUUUUAAUGUUGAAGCAUGUCAAAGUAUUGCAAAUGUUGUUCACAAGGCACUUGAUUCUGUGUUGGAAAAGGCUUCUAACUCAAUGGAAUUCUCACUCAAAACUUCAUAUCCAAACAAGAGGAGAAGAAUGUGCUUUGUUGAAACAUCUACCUCUUCAUGCAGCCAUGCAUCUUGUUCAUGCUAAGGGCGACCAUUUUGAGGUGUUGUAUUUCUACAAAUCUGAAUUUUUCAAAGGUAUAAGAAUACUAAAAAUGGCUUAUGUGAAAGCUGCUAUUAGUGUAUGUGUGUAACAGUUGGAAAUUUGUUUCAUUUUAUUUUAUUUUAUUUUAUUUGCGUGUAACAUUAUUAAAACAAGGAAUAACUUGUAUGCUUAAUGCUUGAGUGUGUUUUGUUUGUCUGAGUGCGUGCUGUCAAAACAAGGAAUAAUAACAAAAAUGCGUUUUGGAACCUUCGUCAAAA